CGCUCUUCUUCAAUUGUCGAUGACCCAAUGCCCGUUUCGCAGCAAAGCCUUAUUCGCUUUACGUGCUUGCCCUAACCUCUGCGUCAUCCAUUUUCAAUACAUUCAGCUACGAAACAUUGCGUGCACUUCAGCGCAUUUGAAUAGACUUGUACCUGCGGUAUUCCAACCUUCCAAUCAGUUCUCAAAAAUGCCAGACCCCAAGGAAGGAAAGCAGGCAACCCUGGGGAGGUUUUUUGGAUCCAAUACCAACGCACCGAAGAAGCAGACAAUCCUUAGUUUUGGCGGCAAUCGAAGCAAGUCAACUUCUGCAAGUCGGCCGAACAGGGAACCCUCUUCCUUAAACGGAAAUACCAAAAAUGCAUCAGCUGUUACAAGAGGCGACGAUGUCAAUACGGGGGACGCUUUUGAGGUUAAGCCUGAGAUGAGAGCGGGUGCAGAUCAAAACCCGCUGAAACGGGACAAGAGCGAGGACGUAAGCGAUAGCGAUGAGAGCGAAAAAGUACAGCCCAGCAACAAGAGGCGGCGAAAAUCAUCGGGCAAAACUCCGGCCAAACCGCAAAUUGAUUCUUCUCCUGAAAGCACGAAAGGCCGAAAAUCCCAAGUCAAAGAGCCUACACCAGAAAUUGUGGUAAAAGCAUCUGGAGAGGAAACACCAGAGGAUCCUGACGUUUCAGAAGCGGAAGAAGAAGGACUAUCUGCUAGCGAAGAUGAAACGGAUAAGAAACCUGAAUUGAAGAAAAAGGAGAUUGAAAAAGUUCAAGCAACUAUAAAGGGUAGCGGGAACGAUCCGUAUCCUGACUGGCAGCCUGGGGAGCCUGUUCCAUACGCUGCUCUAUGCACUACAUUCUCUCUCAUCGAAAUGACAACGAAGCGACUUCAGAUCCUUGCUCACUGCUCCCUUUUCCUCCGACAAGUCCUUCGUCUUACUCCUCAGGAUUUUCUUCCUACGGUACAAUUAAUGAUCAAUAAGCUUGCCGCUGACUACGCUGGCAUCGAGCUGGGCAUUGGUGAAUCCUUGAUCAUGAAGGCAAUUGGCGAAAGUACUGGCCGUAGCUUGGCUGUGAUCAAAGCAGACCAGCAUGAAAUCGGAGAUCUGGGCCUGGUUGCGGCCAAAAGCAGGUCGAACCAACCUACAAUGUUCAAACCAAAAGCGUUGACUGUUCGUGGGGUGCACGAAGGUCUGCUCAAUAUUGCGAAGGUUCAGGGUCACGGAGCUCAAGACAAGAAGAUAUCCGGAAUUAAGAAGCUGCUGUCCGCUGCAGAUGCCGCAACUACAGGGAAAGGCAGCAAGGGAAUCGAUAUCACCAAAAAUAAGGGUGGCCCGAGUGAAGCUAAAUAUAUCGUACGAUUCCUUGAGGGCAAGCUGCGUCUUGGAUUGGCAGAAAAGACUGUUCUUGUUGCACUUGCCCAAGCCGUCGUCUCCCAUGAGGCUGCUUUGAAGGGCAAGAAGGCCCCUUCUGCUGAGGAACUAGCCGAAGGCGAGGCAAUCCUGAAGACUGUAUACAGCGAAUUGCCUGCUUACGAAGUGAUUAUUCCUGCCCUGCUUGAACAUGGUCUGUCGAACCUACGCGAACAUUGCAAGCUGCAACCGGGUAUUCCAAUCAAGCCUAUGCUUGCUAAGCCGACCAAAUCUAUUACAGAAGUCCUAGACCGCUUUGAAGGCAAGGAUUUUACAUGCGAGUAUAAGUACGACGGAGAGAGAGCUCAGAUCCACUACGUCGCACCUGACGAAACGAAAAACUACCCAGGCGCCCAACUUACCUUGAAGGAGAGCGCCGGGCUUUCUGCCAUUUUCUCUCGAAACUCUGAAGACCUAUCCAAAAAGUACCCCGAUGUCUUGGCUAAGCUUAGCACCUGGAUCAAACCCGGUGUCAAAAGCUUUGUGCUGGACUGCGAGACCGUCGCCUGGGACGUGGAAGCGAAGAAAGUGCUCCCUUUCCAACAAUUAAUGACUCGAAAGAGGAAAGACGUCAAGGCAGAGGACGUCAAGGUCAAGGUCUGUGUAUUCGCGUUCGACCUUCUGUUUCUAAACGGAGAGCCCACCGUCAAAAAGCCCCUGCGCCAGCGCCGCGAUCUCCUUCACUCCUCUUUCCAACCAAUCGAAGGCGAAUUCCAAUUUGCCCAAUACGGAAACACCAACGACCUCGAACAAAUUCAAACCCUCCUCGACGACUCCGUCAAGGCCUCCUGCGAAGGCCUCAUGGUCAAAAUGCUCGACACCGAAGAAAGCGGCUACGAACCCUCCAAACGCAGUCGCAACUGGCUUAAGGUAAAAAAGGACUACCUCGCCGGCGUCGGCGAUUCCCUCGACCUUCUCGUUCUCGGCGCCUACUACGGCCGCGGGAAACGAACUUCCGUCUACGGCGCUUUCCUCCUGGCUGCGUACAACUCGAACUCGCAAACAUACGAAACAAUAUGCAAUAUUGGCACGGGCUUCUCGGAAGCUAUGCUUGAUGAACUUCACACUACCCUCUCGCCCCUUGUCAUCGACCGCCCAAAACCCUUCUACAGCCAUUCCACGGUCCCCAAAGACCAACCAGAUGUCUGGCUUGAACCGCGCUAUGUCUGGGAAGUCAAAACUGCUGAUCUCACGCUUAGUCCGCGGUACAAGGCUGCUGCGGAUGAGUUUGUUGGUACCACUGGAGGCGGCGGAAAGGGUGUUUCAUUGCGCUUUCCGAGGUUCAUUAAGGUUCGUGAUGACAAGAAGCCAGAGCAGGCGACGACUACCAGGGCUGUUGCGGAGAUGUAUCGGAAGCAGGAGGCUGUGGCGAAGGAAGGUUCAGGGAAGGGUGGAGUGGAUGAUGAUUUCGAGUAUUAAUGAUUUGCAUUCUAUCAUUGUCAGGGCUACUGCUAAUAAGGUUA